AUGGGCCAAAAUAACAGCAAAAGGAUCAUUUCCCUGUUGGAGAAGGCGAAGGACAAAAAAUGGAAAGACGUCGACUUGUACGGAGAAUUGUCAUCCUUGGGUAGGAACCUACACAGCCAGGAGGACUUCUCUUUAUGCAAAAGGGUCAUAGACGAUGAAAAGUGUGCCCGAAUUUUUUUCAGUUUUUUGAUGAACACGUUGCGCAAGUUGAUACUGAAGGGAGGUUCCACGGGAUGCCUAGAUGAUUGCAAAGCAUGUGUGAACAUAUGCCUUAUGCUGCUCCCAGUCCUACAGUAUAACUGCCACAAAAAGGAAAUUUUCGACUUACUGUGGAGAGAAAAUCGUGUAGAAUGCCCCCUCCUACCCACCUAUGCAUGCACGAGCAAUGUGCUGAUUUUCCACCUGUACAGCUUUUUCCUUCUCGCCUUGUUCACGGAAGGUAUAUGCAUUCGGGGAGGAGGAAACGACACAACGACCGUCGCAGACCGUGCGAAGGGUGCUGACGAUGCGGACGACCUGGAGGAUGCCCACCAACCGAAGGAGAUUACCUCCCUGUCUGUAAACACAGUGGAUGUAAGAAAACUAUGGUUGCACAAGUUUUGCAUUCAUCAGAGGGUCAAAUAUGUGAGGAGUGGACAAGGAGAGCUAGGAAGCAAAAAGUGUGAGCAUGGAGGUGAGCAUGGAGGUGAGCAUGGUGGUGAGCAUGGUGGUGAGCAUGGUGGUGAGCAUGGUGGUGAGCAUGGUGGUGAGCAUGGUGGUGAGCAUGUAAAUGGCAAAGAAGAAGGGAGCCCCCCACUGACUGCAAGCAAAGACGAAGGUGAUAACGUCAGAGGCUUCGACGAUGGAAGGCACGCCAAACUGGACCCCAAGCACUCAAACGUCAGCGACAGCGGGAAUGCUAGUACCACCUCCCCUGGGGAGGAGAACCCAAGUUAUGAAAUAUCGAAUGGAGAAAAUUGCCUAAAAUGUCACAAGGCAGACGAAAUAACCACGACUCAUUUGAAGAAGAACCCAAUCAGUGUCGAUGUAACAACCACACACAGUAACGAUGUGAAUCUCGAAUUAAUAAAAAACAGAAGCGCCAUCUUAAAGUGCCUCCUAAUCCUGUUAAGCUCGUAUGUAUAUUUGGACGAAGGGAAGUACCUAAAAGAGAAAAAUCUUUUUCUUUUUCUCUUUACAAGUGGGGAGGUUUACUACACUGCGAAUUUUUUUUUUUCCCUUUUGACCGUCAUAUAUGACAACGAAUUUAAUUAUUUUAAUUUUUAUUUUUAUGAUAACAGCUAUUUGGAGUUUUACAAUUUGUGCAUUCACAUUUUGAACUUGCUGGUUGAUUUUAAUCCGUUCGUUUUGGAGGACGACAAGAGGGUGCACUACGUGAGUGACGCGGCCAGGUACUUCUACAGCGUCGCGCACGGGGGGGAAGAAGCACACAUAGGAGAGGCACACAUAGGAAGAGAACACAUAGGAAGAGAACACAGAGGAGAACACAGAGGAGAACACAGAGGAGAACACAGAGGAGAACACAGAGGAGAACACAGAGGAGAACACAGAGGAGAACACAGAGCAGAACACAGAGCAGAAGCACACAUAGGAGAACACAUAGGGGAAGUACACGGCGGAGACGACCCCCUCCGAAGUAGCAGCAGCACCCACUCGCUAAACCAAAGCGGAAAGGAACCAAUCAAGUGGGACGACACGCUGAAGCGAAAAUUUUACUUAAACGAAAUUAAUCGAGAGGGGAAAAACACAAACGAGGACUAUUACUACGAUUACUUAAAAAAGCAAAAGGAGUCCAAAAAACUGCGCUCCAAUAAUGUGUACCUAGAAAUGCUACGUAAGUUGGACAUAAACGACAUUUCGUACAUUUACAAAGGAGCGUUAAACAUACUCAUAAGUUACAAGCUGUAUUACGAACAUUAUGAGGAGCAGGUUUUGUUUCUUCACAAUUAUUUGUGCUUGCUGUGGCACUUGAUGGAUAACAAUCGGCUGUUUAUUAGGCACAUGAAAGACCACAAUAGCAGCUUGUUCCUCUUUUACAUUCUGUACAUACUGGUCUGCUUUAAUCACCAUCGGAAGCGAGAGAUGCAGGCCCUGGCCGACCUGCGCAAACGGGAGAAGGCGGCCGCUGCAACCAGCAGCACGGUCAGCAUCGCGGUCGGUAGCACCGUUAGCACCACCACCGACACAGCCGCUGACACCACCACUAAGAUGGCCAGCCCUGCCAGCGCGUCCAACCCGGCCAACCCGGCCAACCCGGCCAACACAAACAGCCACGACGAGCAGCCGCGCGUGUACCACAACGGCAGCUUCAACCAGUCGGGCAAGUGCGACGAGUUCAACGUGCGCAAAAUAGACGGCCUGAUUUACAUUUGCCUUUUCAUAAUCCUGAAGAUGUCAUCCAACGCGACCAUUUGCAAAAACCUCAACCAAAAGUACGACCAGAAAAUUAAGGUGAAGUUCCCGCUAAGAAACGUCUACCAGUUUGACUCCUACGUGGACUUCCUAGUGUACGCCUUAUGCAUGCUGAUCAAUGACAACAUUUUUUUUCUAAAGUUCGAGCGAAUUAUCGAUAUGUCCAUUACCAUCCUGACGAAUGUCAGCGUCUACAUCAAGUCCAUGAACACCUAUUCUUGCGAGAGCAUAAUUAAUAUUUUAAAAAAAAUUUUAAAAAGGAAUGGCUCCUCUCAUCCCAACAUCAUUACUAUUCACUUUUUCUUAUGCUGGAUUUUAUAAAUGAUCAUAAAGAACAAGGACGUUUUUUUCUCCAUUCAUAACUUGGAUCAGAUGUUAAAGGAUAACUGCUUCUCUGUCUCCACCACCCCCGCCGAUUACUGGGUACCCACCGAAAGUUGGCUAGUCAACUGGAAGAACAAGCUGCCCCUGCAGUUCAUCGACAGCAUAAUUUAUGACUUGGCGAAUCUGAUCGAAGAAGAGUGUGACGAAAGGGAAAUACUGAACUACAACGAUGUCGUGAAUUUAAUUAAAAACCACUGCUCGACCAUAAAAAAUAACAAAAUUCCUUUCAUCAUAAGGAAGUACGAGAAGAACAUUCUUCUCUCCAAGUGGGUCACCAGCUACGUGUACUUUCUCUUGUUCUCCCACAUGUACAAGGAAAAUCUGUUCAUAAAUGGGGGAAUUAAGUUUAUAUUUUAG